UAUAUGUCAACAAUAAUCAUUCGCCUUCAAAAUUUGCCGCUUAGCGCCAAAGCUGCGGAUAUUCGGGAAUUUUUCGGUGAUUUAAAAAUCCCAAAAGGAUCAGUCAAUAUUGUUGGAGGGCAUUUGGGGGAUGCUUUUAUUGGCUUCGCUUCAGACGAGGAUGCGAGACUUGCAAUGUUAUUAGACGGCAGAUUGUUGCAUAAUUCAAAAAUUCGUUUAAUGCUUUCUUCAAAACGAGAAAUGGAACAGGUUAUUUCGAAUGCCCAAGCAUUUGCUGGUAAAGGACCGUCUAUGAAUCAAACAGAAAAUAAUCAAAAUACUUUUUCUCCUCCUGAUCCGUCUCAAAAGGAGUCGACAGUGAAAUUGGAAGGUUGUUAA